AUGCAUCCAUUAAAGCCACGGAUAUCGACUGUUAGAGGGGUGGCUUACAUUGCCAUCAUCUGGAUAAUGGCGUCCUGUUUCUCUCUGCCGCACGCAAUUUACCAAACUCUCUUCACCUUUGAAUAUAGUGAGGAGGAUAUCAGAAGUCUAUGUCUCCCUGAAUUUCCUGAACCCUCUGAGCUUUUCUGGAAAUACCUGGACCUGGCCACUUUCAUCCUACUCUAUGUUCUCCCACUGCUGAUCAUCUCUGUGGCCUACACCACAGUGGCAAAAAAGCUGUGGCUUCGGAAUGCCAUAGGAGAUGUGACUACUGAACAGUAUUUUGCUCUCCGCAGAAAAAAAAAGAAGACCAUUAAGAUGCUGAUGCUGGUAGUGGUUCUCUUUGCUGUGUGCUGGUUCCCCCUAAACUGUUAUGUUGUCCUUCUUUCCAGCCAAAUUAUUCGCACUAACAAUGCACUUUAUUUUGCAUUUCACUGGUUUGCCAUGAGUAGCACCUGCUACAACCCGUUUAUAUACUGUUGGCUUAAUGACAACUUCAGAUCGGAGUUAAAAGCAUUGCUUAACAUGUGCAAAAAACAGACUAGCCAGCGGGAGGACAUGCUUCCUUCUAACAUCCCUUCAUACAGGGUAGCCUGGCCUGAAAACCGAAGCUUCAAGAGAUCGCUAGUUUCUCACACCCUUCCAUCGUCCUCUAACAUCCAGUCUGGAAAAACAGACAUCUCGGCGGUGGAGCCCAUUGUGUCAGUUGGGUGA